CUCCAAAUCCAUUAGUCUGUUUUUGAAUAAUGUUGCUGACAGACAGACAGACAGACAGAUGCUCAUCAAAUUCCUCCGCCGUGUUCCUUGGUGGAGUGAUUAUGACUAGAGGUACACAUAUUUUAGUUGGGUGUUAACGUCCUUAAUUAAUUAAAGGGUAAUCAGUAGCUUCAUUGAAAGUAAUAAAUGCCUGGUUAGGAUUCAGUGCUCUAAAGGAGAUAGAACACUGACCUUAACCAGAUCAAUAAAUGAAGCAGUCCUUAGACAACUCUGUCUCUGUCUUCAUCAGUCCACAGAACAUGCAGCUGUUGUAUACAUGUGUGUGUUGGUGUGUGUACAGCCCUGCCAUCCCCACCUGCUCAACAGGAAGCUCAUCUUCAUCAAAGCCCCGCCCACUUACUCCAUUACUUAUCCACACCACACACACACACUCAGUCAUUCACACACCCCUGCAGCUCGGACUCUACCUCUCCUUUUCAUCCUCCUUCUCUUUCUGAACAUACUUCCUGUUUGUCCCAGUCAGCAUCUUUCAUCGCUAUGGGAACAGAAACCUCAUUGGUCCUUGUCUCCUCUGCCCUCCUCUCUCUCCAUGUCUGAGACGGGUUUAUUGUGUCUCCUACGUCUCUGGAGGACAUUCUGUCACCCAGCCAGCAACAGAGGACGGGUGAGGAAGGGAGACAAAGGGAGGGAGGGAGGAGCUGAUGAUUCAGAGAGAGGAUGAGACGGAUCAGGGAUGAGUCACAGAGACAGAGAAGGAUCCAGCUCACGGACAACCAGAAGACAGAAGGGAUCAGGACUGAAUGACAGACAGACGGACAGACAGAGAGGUGGACAUGCCUGGUCUUCAGAUGCAUGAAGAAAAUGGAAGAAAACAUUUGAUCAAACAUGGAGGGGACGUUUGUCCAAUGGGCAGCAGCAGCAGCAGCAGGAGGUUGUUUGGUACAUUGGCCCAGUCACUGAACAGCACCCAACCAGACCCAUACCCUGAGGAGAGCCCAGACCAGGACCUGGACCACGAGGUGAACCCAGACCAGCUGCUCAGAGAGUGUGAGGAGGCCCUGCAGAGGCGUCCAGCCCGGCCUCAUCGGGAUCUGGUUUAUCCCAGAGGGACGGAGCCAAGCCGCCGUAAGCACAACCCCUCCAUCCGGGUGAUGCAGUGGAAUAUACUGGCACAAGCUCUCGGGGAGGGGAAGGACGGAUUCAUCCGCUGUCCACUGGAUGCUCUUAACUGGCAUGAACGAAAGUACCUGAUCCUGGAGGAGAUCCUCACCUACCGCCCUGACAUCCUCUGUCUGCAGGAGGUGGACCAUUACUAUGACACGUUCCUGCCCAUCAUGACCAGCCUGGGCUACCAUGGCAGCUUCCUGGCCAAACCCUGGUCCCCCUGUCUGGACGUGAAGCAGAACAACGGCCCUGACGGCUGCGCUCUGUUUUACCACCGCUCACGCUUCUCCCUCCAGGACACAGUUCACCUGCGGUUGUCGGCCAUGAUGCUGCCCACCAACCAGGUAGCCAUCGUCCAAACGCUGAACUGUCGGGCGACGGGCCGGUGGCUGUGCGUAGCCGUCACCCAUCUGAAGGCUCGUAGCGGCUGGGAGAGGCUGCGGAGCGCCCAGGGUGCCAACCUGCUGCAGAGCCUGAGAAGCAUCACGUCCCGAGGCAGCGGUCAGAGCGAGGCGGAGUCCGGGGCCGUUCCUUUGGUCGUGUGUGGGGACUUCAACGCUGAACCCUCUGAGGACGUUUACCUGCGCUUCAGCUCCUCCCCCCUCGGCCUCAGCUCCGCCUACAAGCUGCUGAGCUCUGAUGGACAGACGGAGCCGGCCUACACCACCUGGAAGAUCCGCCCGUCUGGAGAGAGCUGCAGCACGUUGGACUACAUCUGGUAUACCCAGGAGGCUCUGAGCGUGGACAGCCUGCUGGACAUCCCCACUGAGGAGCAGAUCGGCCCGGACCGCCUGCCCUCCUACCACUACCCCUCUGACCACCUGUCCCUGCUCUGUGACGUCAGCUUCAGGGAGGAGCCCCACAAGCUGAUCUCGGCACAGCACAGAGGCCCUGGACCAAUAGGAGGACCUUCAGAAGCUUUAUGAACCGAACGUUUCAUCAGAGUGGUGAAAGUAAAGAGAAUGUUUUCACAUUUCAGGUAGCUGAGGAUAGGACGGAGCAGAUCCCAGACAGCAUUUAUGCUCUGGUCUCAUGAUCUCACACAUGUAUGUGGAUGUUUCCAUGACGGUCUGGGCACAUCUGAAGAAAAGAAACACAAUGCUAACAUCUGAAAACGUUCAUCCAGACUCUGGCACGUCUUCAGCAGUGACUCUGUCCUGGUGGGUCUCCCUGUGGGGUUCACAGGUUUGGAGUCUCCACUGUCUUCACUCAUUUUGAGCUCUUAAACUUUCUUAAAGUGAACAUCAGCUCAAAGGGCAGCUCAGAGCUUGGUCUGCUGACCUGUGAACACUGGAAACCGGCUGCAGGUAUUUAUUAGUAAGACUGUUCUCUGUGCUCUUCAUGAGCAGCUUUUCCUCUAGUGCUUCUAAAUGGUUAUCCACUGAGGGGUCGCUGCUUUCUCAGUCUUAUGUUGUUGCAAAAGGCCUCAUUAAACAUGAGACAUGUUAUUAAUAUAUAUACAUAAUGAAAGUAAUAUUUGAAUAGUAAUAAAGAAUUAUUUUACUCA